UAAAGAACCUUUUGUGAAACAGAAAGGUUCCAUGGAUGUUAAUGGUUCUCCAUUGAUGCCAAUAAAAAACCGUUUUCACUAAUGGUGUCUAGUAGCUGACUAAAUAUUGGGUUAAAAGUUGCUAAUGAUUUAUUCAAACUGUGUUGGCUGUCUGACUGGCUUUCCAACCCCCUUUCGUGGGCCAGAAUGCGCCCCCCUUCAGACACGAAGGUGGUAUCUCCUCAGGGAGCUGCCCCAUCUAAUUAUCAAAUGACGCCUGGCCUGUCGGCGGUAAGCCGCUGGGGUGAGACAAUAGCAGCUGAUUCUCUGGAUUAGGUGACGGGGGUUGGAGAAGAAAAGGGAGGGGGGAAUCCAAGAGGAAGAGACAGAGAGCAUGCUCAGUCCUGAGAGACAGGCUACUGGAGCACACAUGUACCUUCCCUGUGAAGGAUACACAGUCUCAUGAGCUUCUGCUCUUUUACAAACACCCCAUGUGAAGAUAUGAACAAGGAGAUGUUGGUGUUUUGAUAAAACCGAUGUGAAGAUUCACUUUUGGACCUUGUACAAAGGAUGCACUAAGGAAACUCUGUUUUUGGGGUGAACUUUUGACACCAUGGCUGGAUUUUACAGCUGCUUUGGGGACAAAAAUGAUUGUGACAUCAUGGCCUCAGAAUCUCCAGACGUCACAGUCGCUACUGAACCAUCAGAAGCAGCAGAAGAGUGUUCAGGGAAAAAGAAGUCCAAAUUCCAGACAUUCAAGAAUUUUUUUGUGAAGAAAAAGAGGAAGGAAAGUCCUGCACCAUCAAGUGAAAGUGGUUUAAAGGCCAGUCAAUCGAGUGACGACGUCAACACCUCAGAGCCAACCAUCAGCCACGCCAACAGCGGCAAUGACUGCGGAUCUAAGAUCAACAUGGGAAACAAAGCCAUGUCACAUGAUAGUGUCUUCGUGUCUGAUUCACCCUCAUCAGAGACUAAUGAGGGUCUGGGGGAAUCCCAAGACAGCAUUCAUGGGAAAGUGAAAUCUCUACAGCUGCAGCUGAAGCAGGCGAUUCGUCUGGGCUCUCCGCCAUCACUCCUUUGCGGGAGGAAAGGAGAGGACGCAGGGGCUCUUUCUGAAGAUGAUGGUCUUCCCUGCAGCCCCCCGGAGUAUUCCAGCCUCCACACUGUGCUGGCCACAGCUCCUCACACGUCGGUGGAUUUGACCCAGAGUUCCUUGAGCAUGGAGGCUUCAGACAGUGAAGAUGAUCAGAUGUCUUGUGAAGCUUCUUCGAGACCCGGCACCCCUCAGGGGUCCGUCCCCGCAGACUUCAGUCUGCCCGCCAGCUCCGUCUCCUGCUUAGACAGCUCAGCUGCCCGUCACCGCAUCGCUGUCAAAGCCAAUGCUUGUGCCAAGAGAAAGCCUGCCAACAGGCAAAUAUUGGACAAGAGAAGAGACCUGAGGGAAAGAGUGCUGGUCAGAGACACAGAGGACAAACUACGGAUGAUGGUCACAAGUAUUGGAGAAGAACAUAAAGAUUUGCCCGGAGAACAGGUGAAUGAUUCAGACCGUGAGUCGUUUGCUUCUGAACAGGAGGAAGAGGAAGUGAGCGACUCCGGCCAGUGUCAAAAAACUUCUGCAACAUCCUCCAUCUCAGCUGGAGACAUCUCUGAAGGAGAGGAACAUGUUCCUGUCGAGGAUCACGUGCCCAAGUCUGAGGUCCCAGAAUCCUCCUGGGAGACUCCAGUAACACUUGAGCUGCAGACCGAUGACUUCCUGUUGGACACAGGAUGUGAGGUCGUUCCUGAGGAGCAGGGGUCAUUGCUGGAGGAAGUGUUGAGCUCCCUGAAGUGCCCUCUUGCUUCAGGACUAGCACUGGAGCAUGAGAACAUGCUUCUUCAGAGUGAGGUGCAAGACAUAAAUAUUGAGAGUGCAGUUGCUCAGCUUGAGGGAGACAACAUAGAUCUUCUCAAUCCCUCAGAGCCUAUGGUGAGCACAAAGGAACAGUCUCCUCUGCCUGACUCGCUUUCUGAAUCAUCUGUGGAUUCAGAGGAGAUCUCAGAGGAGACCACAGAGGAGGAGGAGCUGCUGGAGGUGCCAGAGUCUGCUGAGGAAGAGUCUGUGGAUGCAAGUCACCAAGUGCCUGAAGAUGAUGUUGAGAAACAAGCAGACAAGGCUGAGAGUGCCAAAGAGAGCGAAGUGUUAUUAGAAUCGCCAAAAACUUUUGCAGAAAAUGUGAAAGAACGAGAUGAAGAUGAAGUCGAUGAAGAUGAUGUUGAGGAUGAAGCUGAAUUGGAGAGAGAAACCAAAGACGGCGGAGAUGAAGAUGAUGAAUUGACGGUGGUAGAACCUGAGAUACAGAAGAACUGUACAAAUGAUGUUGAACCUCAAGAGCUUGGAGAUCAGACAGGUCCUCUAGAGCCUGAGAAAGAUGAGACUUCAGCUGAUGAAAGAGAAUCAUCUGCAGUCAAUGUUGAGAACGUUCCUGAAUCUGAUCUGACAGCCAGAGAUGAUGUCUGGAGCUCAGUAGAAACCACUGAUGAGCCUGAAGCCUCAGCAGAGAUGCUUCUUUCUACUGUGUCUCCUGUGCUGGAGAGUCCAGUUCUCCAUUCUCAGUUCUCCAAUGCAUCGAUGUCUCCUGUAGAGCAGGAAGAGGAGCCUGAGACCAACAAGCUAGAUGUGUCUGAUGAGCCUCAGGAAGUGUCUUCAGAAAAACUCGAGGGUGUUUCCGAGCAGCAAGUUCUUGAGUCAUCUACAAAAGAACCGAUGAGAAUGGUUGAGGUUCGACCUCAGUUCACCAUCGCCCCUGCGUGGCAAAGGUCAAUGGCUUCUGGAGGCGCCCAAGAGCAGACCCAGACCAUCACACUGGUGCUACCAGAAACUAAUGCUUCUAAUGAAUCUCCCCAAACAACUGAACUCAUUACUCCCGUACAAGAAGAACGACCCAAAGCAGCCCGAGCUCAGAGUUCCCCAACACUUCUUGUGCAGAAAGAUACGCCCCAGCUUCAAGAAGAGACGACCCCAGAGAACCCGUUUGGAGUGCGCUUGAGAAAGACUCCAGUCCUGCACCGCUAUGGUUUAGAUGGAGAUGCACCUUUGACCCCCACUCAAACAGAGUUUUCAGGGGCGCAGGAGCCCCCGGACCACGACCAGAGCGGCAGGAAGCCCAUCUUGCCAAAGAAGCCUGAUCUGCUAGCUGACACUGUGAUGUCUGUCAGGAAAAGCCCAGAUACAGUGGGAAGAAUAUCUGUUGGUAGCUCCGAGUCUCCAAGCUGGAUCUCUAUGGCCAGACAGAAACAGAGGAACUUCAUGGAGAUCUCGCCAGAAAACUCUCCAGAGAAACUUCCCUCGCAGGGGGACGUCAAAAGACAGGAUUCGCCAGCCAGUUUAUCAAAUCCAAUCGCCAAAGAGCAACUGGCACAGCCAUGUUCACCUUUACAAGUGUUCUGCUCCCUUGAACUGUCGAACACAUCCAUGGUAGAGAAGGAAAGCAAGAGAAGCGCUAACCCGUCCACUGCACCUUUGGCCCAAGAUGAGCCUCCCUGGCUGGCUCUCGCUAAGAAGAAAGCCAAAGCAUGGAGUGAAAUGCCCCAGAUUGUUCAGUGAAAGGCCCCACUGGCAUAUGGACUUCAUAAUUCUUCCCUAUAUUUACAUACACAUAAACAAUACAUCUGAGCAGUAAUAGGAACCAUAUACAGCCUAAUUUUGCUUAAUCCGCCCGGUGUCAUUUAUGUUUUUCCUGACAUCAUAAAGGAAACCAUGCACGUUAGACUGGGGCUUAUGGGUAAUACAUUGCAUUUGUAUUAUAACUUGGUUUGCAACAAAACACAUUUACAUUUUUACAAACAUACUGUUAUGUAGCACGUCAGAGUUCAGAAUGCUUCAAACUGAGGAAAAAAAAAAAUCCUAACAAGUUUUGCAUACAAAAAAAAAAAUUCAAAAUGAGCCGUCAUCAAAGCUGUGUUUUUAUUUAGGACUGUGUGAAUACCGUAACUGCUCUUUACUAAGUAACUUUGCUAUGUUACAUUAUAGCCUUUAAAGUUAGUAACGCAGUUAUCAUGAAUGGAGCGGAAGGUGUCUUUGUAUUUAUUUAUCUCACUCUUGUAUGUUUUAUGUAUUUUUGUAUUUACGUGCACAGCUUUGUGACUUGUACAUAAAAUGUGAAGUACCAAAAAAAAAAAAAAAAAUCAAGAAAAAUAAUAAAAUGGAGCCAUGUUUAUUUGAUCCAGCCACGGACACAGAU